AUGGAUAUUCGGAUUCAUGAUUCAUCAUGUUCGACAAUUGAUAGCACUCCCUCAAUCUCAGUCGCUGCACCUUCAAUGGAUUCGGACAAUGGCUUUCUAGAAUUCACCAUUCUACCCACAAGAAAAACUUCGCAAGCAUCAAGACCGGCGUGGCUGGUGAAGUUUUGGCGGGAAGCAGGGUCGGUGCUGGUGGCAUUAGGGUGGGGAGGAGGGGGAGCAGCAGGUGGAUCCGCGCCGUCCGCCGUGGAUCCCAGGCGGUUGGGAACAUACCUGAAAGCUCUUCGCAGCCAGACACGCGUGCUGCUGAAGCAGCUGCCGUUAUGGGAGCGAGCAGGCAUCGGAGCCGUGGCGGGAGGGCUGGCUGGUGGCUUCACGAACGCGACGCUGCAUCCGCUGGACACGGUGAAGACGAAGCUGCAGACCAAGGGUUCCUCGCUCGUCUACUCGGGGCCGCUGGACGUCAUCCGCAAGGUAUCAGCUGCACAGGGCAUCGGGGGCUUUUACCGCGGGCUGCCAGCGGCCUUCCUGGGGUCAGUGCUCUCCUCCUCCAUCUACUUUGGCACCUACGAGCUCGCCAAGGGCGGCCUCUCCAGAGACAUCACGCUCCCGCUGCCCUUCUCUGGAUUCAGACGAGGUUCCGCCACCAGCAGUGGAAGUAGCGGGGAGAGUCAGCAAGAUAGGAGCGGACUCUCCCCGCCCGAUAGUGGAAGUGGUAGAGGUGGUGGGGAGACAAGCAGCAGGAGUGGUGGUGGAGCUGGGGUUAGCUCUGUGUCGUCGUCGUCGUCAUCACAGGUGGUGCUGUCGUGCCCGGUGGCGCUGGUGCCUCCUGUGGCGGCAGCACUGGGGAACAUCACGAGCUCCGCGAUUCUUGUGCCCAAGGAAGUCAUCAAGCAGCGCAUGCAGGCGGGAGCAGCAGGGUCGGCGUGGCAAGUGCUGCAGCAGACAGUGGCGGGGGAGGGCGUAGCAGGGCUGUACAGCGGAUACACUGCUGCCCUCCUGCGCAACCUGCCCACCAACGUCCUCAACUUCUCCACCUUCGAGUAUCUCAAGAUGGCAAUACUCCAUGUGAGACGUGCUACCGCCCUGCGACCGCAUGAGAGCAUGGCAGCAGGAGCAGUGGCAGGGGCACUGUCAGCAGCACUCACCACACCUCUCGACGUGGUCAAGACGCGCCUCAUGACUCAAGCUCGGGUGGCUGUGGCAGCAGCAGGCACCACAGGGGCAAAGUUCGUUUCUUGCCUCGUUGCUAUGUCAGCAGCACUCGCCAUGCCUCUGGGCGUGGUCAAGACGCGCCUCAUGACUCAAGUUCGGUUGCAGUGGCAGCAACGGGAACAACAGAGGCACAGGUAUGUGUUGACGCUCCCUGCCUCCCUCGCCACGCCGCUGAACGUGGUCAAUACAUGCCUCAUGACUCAAGCGCGCGUGGCAGUUGCAGCAGCAGCAGGCACAACGGGGGCAAGGGUAACUGGCACCCUCCUUUUCUUGUGUUCUUCUGAUUGA